AUGCCGGCGGGCGCGCGCGUCGCCGCUGACUCGUCCUCCGUCGCCAAAGCCGGCGCGAGCGAGGGCCCCGGCGAGAGUGAGCUGAGAGGCGACAGCUCCGGUGCCAUCAGGGGCGACAGCUCGGGUGCCAUGAUGGGCGACGGGGUCGGGGCGACGAUCGGAGCUGGUGAAGGCGAUACUGGCGCUGGCGCGGGAGCGAUGGUCGGCGUGGCGACAGGCGCCGGGACCGGGGCAGCGAGCAGUGGAGCAGGUGCUGAUGUCGGUGGCGCGGUGGCCGGAGGAAGGGCCGCUGGUGGAGUGGCAAGGGGCGGGGAGGCCACUGGUGCGGCGACGGGAGGCUGUGUUACCGGAGCUGGCGUAGCUGGAGGGGGAGCUGUCACUGCCGUAGGAGGCGCGGAGACGGGAGGCGAGGAGGUGGCGGUCGGGGGUGACGCUGCAGCCAGCUGUGGCGCGGCGGCCUUGGUCGUUGGAGCUGCCGCGGAAACCUGUGGCGCCGAGGCCGCAUUGGUCGGUGCUGCGGCGGAAACCUGUGGAGCCGAAGCGGCAUUGGUCGGCGCUGCGGCGGAAACCCGUGGAGCCGAAGCCGCAUUGGUCGGCGCUGCGGCGGAAACCCGUGGAGCCGACGCGGCGUUGGUCGGUGCUGCGGCGGAAACCCGUGGAGCCGACGCGGCAUUGGUUGGGGCAGCGGCGGAGACCUGCGGCGCCGAGGAGGCUGUGGUCGGGGCAGCGGCCGAGACCUGUGGCGACGAGGCGGCGGCGGCAGUAGUAGGCGGUGCAGCGGACGCCUGCGGCGCGCCGGCACUGACCGGAGGAGCGUUCGACGCCGACGGCGACGAGGCCGGCGACUGCGCGGCGCAGGAGACGAGCAGCAAGCAAAGCGCGAGAGGUCGUAGGAGCUCCAUUAGCGUCUCUGUUUUUGUUUUUAACUCGUAG